AUGGCGCUUACACGGGUGAUAAUUGGAGUAGAUGUUGGCGGGACGAACACAGACGCCGUUGUGAUGGAGAUGCGAUCUGGUCAGCUGCACCUUCUGACCAAAGUCAAGACGGCAACGACAGCUGAUGUUACUUCUGGUGUUAACCUUGCAAUUCGGCAAGUGCUAUUCAAAGCCAAAGCACAGUGUGAACGAAUUGCAAUACAACAGGUCAAUAUAGGAACUACUCACUUCAUAAAUGCUGUUGUGGAAGGGAAACAUUUGGAAAAUGUGGCUGUUAUAAGACUAUGCGGAACUGUAUCUCAUCAACUUCCUCCUUAUAGCGACUUUGGAGAGCAUUUACUACCUGCCGUACGAGGUAGCGUUUAUAUGGUGAAUGGUGGGUACCAGUUUAAUGGAUCAGAUAUUACGGAAGUAAAUGAAGAUGAAAUAAAAGAAUGCAUCAAGUCUUUAAAAUUUAAAGGAGAAAAGAACGUCGUUGUUUCAGGAAUUUUCUCUCCUGUCCGGUCAGACCAGGAAGAAAUGGUUGCUGAGAUUAUCAAAAAGGAAUUUCCAGAAGCUAGUGUUACUGCAAGCCAUGACAUUGGCAGAAUUGGUUUGCUAGAAAGAGAGAAUGCAGCAGUAUUAAAUGAAUGCAUUAAGCCUCUUUGCCGAAAGACAAUCACUGGCUUCCGUUUAGCAUUAAAUGACCUUGGAAUGAAAUGUCCUCUGUUUCUGACGCAAAAUGACGGCACUAUUUUAAGCGAAGAACGGGCUCUGCGCUUCCCAGUAUUUUGCUUUGCAUCGGGCACGACAAACAGUAUGAGAGGUGCAGCGUUCUUAUCUGGAGUGAAGGAAGCAAUGGUAGUUGACGUAGGCGGUACAAGUACAGACGUGGGUAUACUUUUGAAAGGGUUCCCAAGAGAGGCAUCAACCGAAGUGAAAAUUGGAGGAAUACGCACCAAUUUUCGAAUGCCAGAUGUCAUAAGCAUUGGGCUUGGUGGUGGUUCCUAUGUACAAACGGGGGUUAAGGAGGGAGAGGAAUUUGUGAUUGUUGGACCCCAAAGUGCUGGUUAUAGAAUAGAGCAGGAAGCGUUCGUUUUUGCUGAAACAAGUUCCGAAAACUGUAGUGUAACUGCUACAGACAUAGCUGUUGCAGCUGGUCUUACAGAGGUUGGUGACAAACAGAACGUCGAUGGUUUCAGUAAAGCGUUCGUACGGAAAGCUGUUGAAAAAAUCAAUGACUUAGUGUCAACAUGUAUCGACAAACUAAGGCUAAAUAACAGGGAUCUUCCACUAAUUCUCGUCGGUGGAGGCAGCAUAAUAGUUGGAAAACAAACCAAAUUUGGCGGCAUUUCUAAAAUAAUUGUGCCAGAUAACUUUGAUGUAGCGAAUGCUGUUGGUGCUGCAAUGAGUCAGGUUUCAGCCUCUGUUGAUAAGGUAGUGGAUUAUGACCAGUUUGUUGAUCGCCAGGUUGUCUACGAUAAUGAGCAUGAACCAACAGAAGAAACACGUAAACGGUUAUUUCAGUCUGCACGCGAAAAAGCAAUACAAGAAAUAAAACAAAAACUCAAACGUGACGCAAUCGCUAAUGGCGCCCUGCCUAGUUCAUUAGCUGUCGUUGAAAUGGAAGAUGUGGCUUUGACAUACAUACCGGGCAAUGCUUCUAGGAUAAAGAUUAAGAUAGUUGGAGAACUAGAUAUUUCAGAUAACCUUGAUGAACUGGUUAUAACAGACACACCAAUGAAAACUUUAGUGGACAAAACAAGUGAACAACAGAGCGAAAAGCAAAAGUAUUCUACAUCCGGUGUUGAAUUGUCUGAGGUAGAACAUUGUAUUGCUAUAGAAGAACCUUACAUAGAUGAAGAAUCCGGAGAAUGGAUUUUGUCGGAAUAUGAUGUUGCCUGCCUUGAAAUCGGAGCUGGUAUCAUGGGUUGUGGUGGUGGUCUCAAUCCGCACAUUGGUAAAUUGAUUGCCCUGCAAGCACUACGAAACGGAAAGAAAAUACGAGUUGUAUCACCAAAACGAUUCCUUAAAACAAUUGAUGCUGACAAAGAUUUGAUAGUACCACUUAUUCUUAUGGGGGCUCCGCUGAUAUAUUACGAAAAGUUGAUUUCCGGAAACGAAACGAGCGGCGCUUUGCAAUGUUUGCAAGACCUGUAUGACGUCGGAAGUUAUAAUACAUCAACAGGAGCUCUUGAAAAUCCUUGUCAAACUCAUGUGAAAGGAAACCAAGACAUUUCUUACAUAGAUGAUUACACGUACUCUAACGGAAAUAGUCGGAAUACAACGGUAGGUGGUAAGCGAAUCGUUGCAAUUAUGACAGUAGAGAUAGGAGGGAUGAACUGUCUGGAUUCUCUUGUCGCUGGGGCUGAGUUGGGGCUACCGGUACUUGACUGUGACGGUAUGGGGAGGGCGUUUCCUGAGAUACAGAUGUUCACUCCCUUUAUAUAUGGUUGUAAGCCAUAUCCUGCGACAUUGGCGGACGAUAAGGGAAGGCGGGCUGUGGUAUUAAACGUAGAUAGUUCAAAAAGACUUGAAAAUCAUUUCAGAAACGUGUGUGUAGAAAUGGGCUGUAGUGGCGGAGUUGUUAUGUCACAUUUGAAAAAAGACGAAGUUGAAAAGUACGCUGUAAAGCAUACAAUUAGCCACGCGUGGAGAAUCGGUGAUACUGUACUUAGAGCUCGGGCAGCACAUGUGUCUCCUAUACAGGCAGUUCUACAGGCCGAAAAUGGGAAGUUUCUGUUAUAUGGUUUCAAUCGAGGCAAGAUCGUUAUAGAUGGAUUAGACUCUUAUGAGUGUCAUUCAUUCUCAAUCGAGUUUCAAAACGAGUUUCUCAUUGCUAGGGAACACUCACACGAUGAUACCAAAGUUCUUGCUUGCGUUCCUGACCUGAUAACAAUGAUGGAUGCGGACACGGCACAGCCGAUACCGACCGAGGAAGUGCGCUUUGGAAUGCGAGUUGCGGUAAUCGCGAUGCGAGUAGAUCCCCUGAUGUCUUCAGAGGAGGCGUUGAAAGUGGUCGGGCCUCAGGCGUUUGGUUUGAGUGACGAUGUUAAAUAUGUGCCUCUCGGGGACUUUCAAGAUAAGGGCUCAGUCACACCAUCGUAA